ACAACAAUGGAGUGCAGUAUGUGUGGGGAUGUGGGCUUCCAGAUCUAUCUAUUCCAAUGCACAAAAUGUUUAAUCCGUUUCCAGCAUCAAUAUUGUAGCAGAGCAUAUUAUGAGAACGUAUCAGUUGACAGUAUCAGUGAAUUGUGCGACUGGUGCUUCACUAUUCAAGAGGAGAACGCAGGCUCUGAUGUUAAGCUUAGGAUGAGGGGUUCUGCUAAAAAAAUGAGAAAUUCUGUUGGAUUUGAAGAGUGUACAAACAAUAACAAAGGCAAGAGAAAUUUGAGAAAAUCUUGUUCUGAAAUUGGUGAACAAAUUUCUAAAUUGCUGAAAAAGAAGGGAAGGCCUGAAUUAAGCGACAGAAUGGAAAGAAAAAAUAGGAAGAGGUAUAAGCUUCUUGAUGAAAUUGUCUGUUGAUUGCAAUGGUUUUCACU